AUGACUGUGGAGUUCUUCAAGGUUCCAUUCUAUCCCCUCAACUUUUCUCCCUCCACACCGACUAUCUAAGAUUCCCUAAACGACUGUCUUUUGGUUAAGUAUGCUGAUGAUGUGGUUGUUGGACACCCUCUCAAAAGUCAGACACACCUCCGGUCUCUAAAGGAUGGCCUAAACCAUGUCCUAGCGUGGUCGGAGGAAAAUGGUCCCCUGAUUAACAACCAAAAAUCCGUUCAGUGUAUUCUUCGACUGCAGCCCUCUCCUAAUCCUGAAUUCUCUGACAUUCUUCCUAACGAAGUAUCCUCUUUCAGGUACGUUGGCGUUACUUUGUCAUUAAAUCUUUCAUUUUCCCUCCAUAUUGAGUCCCUAUUUGCUAAAGUUCGUCAACUUCUUUAUUGCAUUCGUCGUAUACGUUCCUACCACACACCUCAACCCUCAGUCUGGUGAUUCAUCAAUGCCUGCAUCCUUCCUCUUAUCCUAUACUGCUCUCCUGUCAUUUUUCCUGCUUUGCUUUUAAUUUUAAAACGGGUCCUCCGAAUGCGCUGCUUUGCCGCUGGUUUCUUAUCUUUUUUAGUCGACACUAUCCUACAACGACAUUUCAAUACGGUUAA